CCGGGACUGUUGCUCCGUACUUCCCCUAAGCUUGUCAGUGGGAAUGACACUGAUGUAAGUGAACUGAGGCAGUGUGUUCGGGCUUUUAGACUUUCAGUCGGGUACACAAGAUCCGCUGGAGGUAAACAUUCCCGUCCCUCAAAAUAAAAGCCCAGCAUUAUCAGCAGCCAUGGAGUCACAAGCAACCCCACAGCCAGUCAUGUGUGAGGUCUGUGGGACAUACUUUGAGACACGCCGAGGGCUCUCCAGCCAUGCUCGCCUCCAUCUAAGAAAGCUUGGCGUGACGGUGUCGGAAAGCAGUGGCGCUCCCAUCGACCUCCUCUACCAGCUCAUCCAGGAGAGAGAUGGCUCUCUCCCCGAUUUCAAAGCAGACUCCUCUGCAUCUGGGUCAUCCCCUCUCCAGAAAAAGUUCCAGCAGGAGUCUGCGACACCUCCAGAGCCAGAGGUCAGGAGUGCCUCCUACAAUGUAGCCAGUACAGUCAUGACAACUCCACAGAAGAUGGAUCAUCAGCAGGAAUCUCCAGCCAGACUGAAAGAGUCAGCAACCUCUCUCCUCCCCUCAUCCCCUUCUGGUCCUAGGCUGGUUGAGUCUAGAGCAAGUGAAGGCACCAGUUCAUCCUCCUUAGAUCACCAAACCACAACCAAGCCACUGUGGGCCCCGCUUGAAACUGACGCCCCCAUCACCUUAGACACCAACGAUGAGGUCCAUGUGUGCCAACUUUGUGGCUGUUGGUACGAGACACGAAAAGGCCUGGCCAGUCACGCUCGGGCCCAUCUGCGCCACAUUGGAAUCCCUGACAACGACAUCAAGGGCAGCCCUAUUGAUCUUCUUUACCGGAUUAUGGAAGAGGAGGAUCUCAAGCCCAUCAGCAGCAAGCAACAGGAGGAUAUCGCCUCCAACAGUUCCCCUAGAUCCUCCUCCAAACGUCCGUCCAAUCGCUCUUCCUCUCCAUCUGCGUCUCCUCUCAGCAAACAGCCUAAAACGGAUUGUACUUGUAUUCUGUGCGGGGAGGAGUUUGAGAAUCGUAAAGGCCUAGCUUGCCAUGCACGCUGUCACCUGCGUCAGCUGGGGGUGACUGACCUGAUGGGGAAAACAUCUGCAAUCGACACCAUCCAGGAACUGGUCAGCAGCGGCGUGUUAGAGGCUAUACAACCCCCCAAAGCGAACAGUACCAGUUCAUCUGCUGCGCCAUCUCUUGCAACCCGGGCUCUGUCUCCAGUUCCAGGCCAAUCAAGAACCUUCUUUCCCUCCACAUCCGUCUCCCCAAGCCCAGCAAAGUGCACUCCUCAAUCUCUUGUUAACAGGGCUCCAAAGGCUAAGAAAGGCUUUCGGCUAGCAGUGGACCCCCUUCAUAGGAAGCCCAAGCCUGAACCCAUGGAGUUUGAGGUAUCUGUCCAACCGAAGGAACCCAGCACAAACACCAGCUCUCCCACGCAGAAAUCACCUGCUGCUGUGGGUUUAAAGCUUCUCAAUGCAGAGUCCUCCACAGAUGUACAAUCCCCGCCAACAGUCAUUUGCGACUAUUGUGGCCAGCUGUUUGACACCCGCAAAGCCCUGUCAUGCCACGCCCGUGCCCAUCUGCGCCACCUCGGCCUAACCUGGUCUAUCAAAACCUCACCAAUAGAUCUCCUCAAAGAGGUCAUGAUGCAUGGUGGAGAAGGUAUGAAAGAGUCUGUGGCCAGUGGGUCUUCAGGCAAAGCCACGUGGACCCCUCAAGGCUCCAGAAGGUCCCUGGACAGUCUCCAGUCAGGGGAACCAGCCACCAAACCCUGCACCUCACCUCUCGAUUAUUCCACAAAAGAGAAAUCCCCAUCUGGCAAAAGCGGGGCCUCAAACACAGACACAUCCUGUGAGCUUUGCGGGUUUGAUUUUGAAAACCGCAAGGCCCUGGCCAGUCACGCGCGGGCCCACCUCCGACAGCUGGGAAUCAUUGAGUGGAAGGCAGAUGGAGCAACUUCGCCAAUUGAACUCCUCAGUGAGUUGAUCCGGAGGGACCCAGUCAAGAUAGCAGCAAUAACCCGACGCUAUCGUAUGGGAGACCUUUACAUCAAGAAGUCCCAGAGAACUGUUGGUUCGCCCUCCCUGUCCACAGACUCGGACUCUGUGUCUGGCAGCAGCCUGAAGCCUUCGGUGCACCACUAUGAGCACAAAAUGCGCAGAGAGGACUCUGGUAUGACUGCCGGCUCAUCCAGACAAUCACAAGGUCACACACGGUCUACAGCAGCCCACGGCAACCCCGGUGUGCGCUCCCCAAGGGGGGUCCAUCCGCCAAAACAUGUAGUGCCUGCACGGGAAGAAAAUUCCCAGCAACCUUCACGGUCAGGCAGCAUCCCCGCUCUGCUGCCAAAGCCCCCACUAACACCACUGGUCAAAUUGGUGGGCAAAGUCUACUCCCUCAAGUGCAGGUUCUGUGAAGAGGUGUUUCAUGGACCUCUGUCUGUUCAGGAGCAGUGGAUCACACACCUGCAGAAACACAUUCUGUCCCUGGGCUACAAAGGCAAAGCAUCUCCUCCUGCAGCACCAGUGGCAACUCCAGCCCUCGUCCAUCCGGUAGCUGUCUAGUCCACAAAAUCUGUCUGUAAUUAAACAAGAUCAUCAUUGUCAAAUGUCAUGUCAGAGUUGAGAAGUGUCGUCUUGAUGUCGGAGGUCACAAAUUUAUAGAGAAGUGCAAAUUAGAUGUUCCCCUUUUGCCCUAGAGAGGGCAGCCAUGAGCCAUAUGAGGAAAGCAGCAGAAUGUAAUCCACUCAGGUAAAACCCACAAGAUACAAUAGAUCCCAUACUGAUCACUGGAUGUUUGUGGCAAAAAACAACAGAUAAUUCAUUCCUCAUUUUGAUGAUCAGUGCUUUCCUCCUCCUGCUCAUAAUUUGUACAGAUGUUAAAUGUGUUUGGGUAUGAUUUGAUGUUUGCAUGUCCCACACUGAGAAAAUGCUCCCAGUUAAUGAUUUUCUCUUUUUGUUUUUGUCCUACUGAGUAGAUUGGUAUGGUUGCUGUAUCACUGUGAUACACUUUCUCUCUGUAUGCCUUCCUAUUGAAUGGAGUCUUGUCUUCUGAAUUAUUUUUUUAAAGUGUUUUACUUUAAAUCUAGCAGGAUGAUUUUUCUUAAAUGCAAAUGUUUUUGAAUAACACAACACUGAUAGCAGAAAGUUAGACACAGAUUUUCUUUCAAACUGGUGACAACUUGAUACAAAGUAUAAUCUAAUGUCUUAAGAAUCAACCACCUUGACCCUAGAUACACUGUGUUUCCUUUCUUGCCAUUUUCUUCAGGUGUAACUACUAAUCAUGACUGUUUUUCUGGGUUUUUUUUACAUUUCUUUUAUAACACUUAUUAUGUAAAUUAAAUACUGUCUUGUAUAUAACCAUA